AUGCUUUUUACUUUCCCUGGCAAAGAGUUCCAAUUACUUCCCCGCCACCAGUUAUCGGCAAUAUUCAACAGACCAACAACCUUUGCAUUCCAGCGAACGACAUUUUACUCGACUAUACGCCGAUUACCUCAGUAUCGUAUCAUGGACCCAAAUGCGAAACCGAAAGCAAAAAUCGAUUAUAAGAUACCCCGACCCAGCUCUAGUGUAGUUUUGAUUUCUCCUCAGAAUGAAGUCCUGUUGCUCCAUCGUGUCAAGACAUCUUCCUCAUUUCCCUCGGCGCAUGUAUUCCCUGGAGGAACGAUCUCGCCUCAAGACGGUGAUUUUCCACCCGCCGGCCACCCAGACAGCCAUGAUGAAGGAAUUCAUUAUCGCCGGGCUGCAAUAAGGGAAUUGUUUGAAGAGAGUGGGAUUCUACUAGCUAAAAAUACAGCGACAGGCCAGAUGCUCCAUGUCAGUGCAGAAGAGAGGGAAAAGGGCCGGCACGCGAUUCACAUGGAUAAAACUACUUUUGAUAAAUGGCUAAAGAACCAGGAUCCCGCAGCCGCACCUGAUACUGACCCUCUUGUGCCUUUUACGCAUUGGAUAACACCGCAAAGAAACCCGCGUCGCUUUACAACGCAGAUGUAUCUUUAUUUUCUCCCGCCAUCGAAUGGUGAUAUCUCGGAUAUCGCGGGAAAUACUGAGGUCCAGGUCCCUUCGUCCGACGGAGGCAUCGAAAUAACGGAGGCACAAUUUCUCCCCGCGACGGAGUGGCUCCGCCGCGCUAGAACAGGAGAUGUUAUUAUGUUCCCACCACAGGUCUUUCUGCUUGAUUUUGUUGCCCAAUUUCUUGAGAAGGCUGGUUCUAAUGGAGGUAAUCGACAAGCUAUCUCUGCAGAAGAGUCAACCAGAAGACGGUCCGAAUUGGUUAAAUUUGCCCACUCCGGAAGCCCUCCCUGGACUCAUAAGUUUAUCUGUCCCACGCCAAUGGGCACAAUUGCGGAUGGCAGGCAAAUUCUCGACCUGAGCCAUGGCGGGCCAGAGCUCAAAGAUUCAGGUAAGAAAGGAGAAGUAGACAGAGUUGUGCUCGCUCGUUUUAGCAAGGAAGGCCCACGAGAGGUAGAGAUUCGCUGGAGAAGCGAGGUGGCUCCCACGAAAGGGUCACUGUGA